AUGAAUAGCGAUAUAAAGAAUGACUUAAUAAAUAACUUACCUUUUAAAUUUAGUGACAUAAGUUUAAACUCUUUUGAAAAGAAAGAAGAAAAAGAUAAAUAUAAAGAUUAUAUACACGAUGAAGAUGGAGGGACGACUAUAUGGGGAGAUUUUUCAAAGGAUAAGAUAUUCAACGUGAAAAAAAAAGAAAAACAAACAAAACAUGAAAAUGAAGAUUAUAGUGAUGAUAAUAAUAAUAAUAUUAAUAGUAAUUGUAAUAGUAAUAGUAAUAAUUUGUAUCAUAGUGAUAAGAAUAAAAGAUUAGUACUCUUAAAAGAAAAAUUAAAAUACAACCAUUACUAUUAUACUGAGAAACUAGCCGAAAAAGAAUGGGAAAAGAAUUAUGACAAUUUAAAAAAAAAAAGUCAAAUGUUCAAAAAAGUAUUAGAAAAAGACAAUGAACAAAAUUUCUCUAACUCGAAUAUUAUAGGAAAUGAAAAAAUAUGUAAUAUCAAAAAAAAAAAAAAAAAAAAAAAACAAAAAAAUAUUUUAGUUCAUGAUACUUAUACUAAAUAUUCUUCAUCACUUAAUGAUCUUAAUGAUAUAAUAAAUAAUGAAGAAGAAUAUAAUUUCACAAAUUCUCUAUUUCAAUCAUUUUCUAUGGAAGAACAAAAUUUACCUCUAUUCAAAUAUACAAAGGAAAAUAAACAAAAUAAUUUAAACUACAUAGGAUAUGAUAAAAAAGAUGUAUCUAAAGGAAGAAUAGAUGAAAUGAUAAAAGAAGAAGAAGAAGGAGGAGAGAAAAAAAAAAAAAAGAAAAAAAAAAAAAAAAAUACCCUUGAUAUAGUAAAUAAUGUUAUUAAUAAAAAUAUAAUUUAUGAUGAUAAUGUAAAUAUUUCUUAUUUUGAAGAUGAUGAUAACAAAUCAGAUAUAUUAGAUGAUAACAAAUCAAAUAUAUUAGAUGAAAACAAAUCAGAUAUAUUAGAUGAAAAUAUGUCAAAUAUUUUUGAAGAAGAUAAAGAACUUGAUUUAUUUUCUUCAUUUAAAGAUAUAUUUAAUAAUCAUAAGAAAAAAAUAAAACUUAUAGAUUACAACAAAAUAUUGAAUAAGAGUCUUUAUGACAACGUGGAAAAUGUGGAUUCAUUAAUUGGUCAAGAGAAAAGUAAAAAAGGAAAAAACGAAGAGAGAAACCUCCCUCCCAAAAAAAAAAAAAAGAAAAAAAAAAAAAAAAGUGAUAACUAUCAAAAUAGUGAAGAUAAUGAAGAAAAUAUGGAAAAAAUAAAAAACAAAAAUAAAAAUAAAAGCAAAAACAAAAAUAAAAACAAAAACAAAAAAAAUUUUAACAACGAGCAAAGUUUGAAUGAACAUGAUGAAAAGGUCAUGGAUGAUUAUUUUGAGAAAAAAACAUCUGAAAAUAACGUUAAGGAAAUUAUUAAAAAUAUUAAAAUACGCUUAGGCUUUUAUUCAAAUGAAGAAAAUAAUAAUCAUGAUAUUAAGUGUUUUGAAAAUAAUGAUGAUAAUAUAAACUACAACUUUAAUUAUAAUAAUCUUGUUAAUGAGGAAGAACAAAAACAAAAUCUUCAAAAUUUAAAAGACAAUAUUAAUAUACCAUAUACAAGUAAAAUGAUAUAUGAAUAUAAAGAAUAUUCAAAAAAAAAUGAUUGUGAUGAUUUUAAUAUAUUAAAUGAUGAAAAAGACAAAACUAAAAAUAUAUCAAAUGAGAUUGAAUUAAUAAAAGAAGAACAGAAAAAUGAUGACACUUUUUUUUUUAUAUCACACAAUGGUGAAGAUAAUAAUUAUAUUGAUGAUAAUAAUUUUAAUAAUGAUGAUAAUUUUAAUAAUGAUGAUAAUUUUAAUAAUGAUGAUAAUUUUAAUGAUGAUGAUAAUUUUAAUGAUGAUAAUAAUUUUAAUAAUGAUGAUAAUUUUAAUAAUGAUGAAGAUCUAUUUUCUCUAUCCAUGUCAUCAAUAACGUUUGAUAAAAGAAAAAGUAUAAAAAAUAUGGAACGUAGGAAAAGUAUUGAACAUCUGAGUAAUAAAAAUAAAAUAACUAUUAAUGAUGAUGAAAAUAAUAAAAACAUUUUAUCAAAUAACAUAAAUGUAGAACAUAAAAAUAUAAAUAUGGAUCAUAUAUCAGAUGAAAAAAAUAUGGAAAAUGAAAAUGAUGAUCUAUAUAAAGAUGAACAAAAUAUAAAACAAGAUGUUUAUAAUAAUAAUGAAAAUGAUAUGUUUAUAGAUUCAAUGUCAUCAGAGAAUAAAAAAAAUAUAAAAGAAAAUGAGAACCUCUUAAAGAACUCUAUGAAAAAAGACAAAGAAAUGGACAAAAAAGAAAAAUCAAAUACAUGUAUUUGUAAAUAUAUUGAUAAGUAUGACAUGCAGAAUUUAAUUGAUGAAAUUAAAAAGAAAAAAAAAAGUGACAUUGAAAAUUUAAAUAAUAAUUCAUAUUCAGAAGAUGAUCAUUGUUUUUAUGAAUUAUAUAAAUUUAUAUGUAGUAAUAAUAUAGAAGGAAAUAAUGAAUCUAUUUUUGAUGAUGAAAAUAUAAAUGUAGAAAGUGUAUCUAAUAAUAUUGAUAAUUAUAUGCAAUCUAUAUUUAAUAAUCAAAUUAAAUAUUUGGAUAAUUUAAUAUCUCAAAUUUUUUCUCAGUCAUAA